AUAUCAAUAUAAAAUCAGUAUUUAAGAUUUCCUGAUGCAGAGAGUAGAGGGCAAGGCUUAAAAACCCAGCUGUCGCGUGAAUGUGCAAACCACGUCUCCUGUCUCUGACACACUCCUCUCUCUCUCUCUCGUCUCGACGAUGGUCUCACCGGAAAACAACAAUUGGCUAAAUGGGUUUCUGGAUGAUAUCUCUCUUCCCUAUCCCAAUUCCUCUCUUCAAGCUCCUGCCUUUAAUUGGCCUAUCAUCGCUGCUUCAUCAAACACCAGUGUUGAUGGUUCGAAUUCAGACUCAGGCGUUGUUAAAGAAGCUGGCACGAAAAAGCGGGUAAGAUCAGAAACAUGCAGUGGCUCAAGUAGCAAAGCUUGCAGGGAAAAGAUGCGACGGGAUAAGCUUAAUGACAAGUUUAUGGAAUUAGGUGCGAUUCUUGAACCUGGGAGGCCUGUCAAGACAGACAAGGCAGCUAUACUGAUUGAUGCUGCUCGAAUGGUAACUCAGUUACGCUCUGAAUCCCAAAAGUUGAGGGAGACAAAUACAGAACUCCAAGAAAAGGUCAAAGAGCUGAAGACUGAGAAGAAUGAGCUCCGAGAGGAAAAACAGAGGCUGAAGGUAGAGAAAGAUAGGCUGGAGAACCAGUUAAAGACUAUAAAUGCACAACCAAGCUUCUUGCCUCCCUCGCCUGCUAUCCCUGCUCCCUAUCCUCAAGUCCCAUAUGCUUCCCCAGUCCCAGUUGCUGGCACUAAAUAUGUACCCAUAAUUAGUUACCCAGGUGUUGGCAUGUGGCAAUUCAUGCCACCUGCCUCUGUUGAUACCUCGCAGGACCAUGUGCUUCGUCCUCCAGUCGCAUGAGACGGCAUCUGUGCUAACCAUGUUUGAAGUUAGUUUGUCUUAAUCAGUGGCCGGAAUACUUUGAUAGUUUAUGCAGAUGUAACUGGUUUAAUCACUGAAUCAACAGUUGGAAAUGAAAACAUUACUACUC